AUGAGAGGCAUAACGCUGGGUGCGCUGUGGUCGCUAUAUCUGCUGUCAGCAUAUGCUGUCGCAGCGGCCCCCUCACCUGAGUCCCUUCACUCAUCCAUCACUACGCUCAUUGUCAAUGACCUACAAGGUACGCGCAGUCCUUUCGCCGAUUCAGGGCUGAUCAUCCUCGAUGCGCGUUCGCACGCCGAUGCUUCUAAAUCAUGCCAGGCGCUUGGCGAAGAACUUUGGGCUCCCGAGCUGGGAAUAUCUCGCAUUCGAAUGAACUUAGACUAUUUGAAAUACACGGGAAAAUAUGAUAAAUGGCGUAGGUUCUGGGUUAAGUCAGGACACUCGACUGCUAGGACCAUAGACACAACUGGGCAUGUGUCGAGCAUAUCCGAAGCUGUUGAACUACCCGUACUAUGUACGCAUUCUGCCCCCUUUUCCAAUGAGACAUACCAAGACAAGAACAAGAAAUGGCAGGUGCAGAUUCGCUCAAACAAUGACUACAUAACUGGGUUCCGAGAUCGUUUGAGCUUCCGAUUCCUGGGGAUCAGGUAUGCUACCCAGCCAAAGCGAUUUGCAUAUCCGGUGCCCUAUACUGGCAAUAACAGCCAUAUGUCUGCAACACAGUAUGGAUCUGCUUGUGUACAGGGCAGCUCUGGCAGCGAAGAUUGCCACUUCCUCAACGUUUGGACCCCUUAUCUUCCAGGGCCGAAAUCCGGUAGACGAUCUUUGAGACCUGUCAUGUUCUGGAUACACGGCGGGGGAUUCGUUAGCGGUACUGGGAAUGAUAAGGACUUCGACGGUGGUAAUUUGGCCUCUCGAAGCGAUGUUGUUGUCGUCGCUAUCAACUAUCGUUUAGGAACCUUCGGCUUCCUUGCUCUCGAUGACGGGAUGACCAAUGGCAACUUCGGCCUUGCGGAUCAGAUUGCAGCGCUCAACUGGGUGAGAAGUCACAUUGGCAAAUUCGGUGGUGAUCCGGACAGAAUCACUAUUUUCGGCCAAUCAGCUGGAGCUGCUAGCGUACGAGCCCUGGCUGCUUCGCCCAAGGCUCUUGGCAAAUUCGCGGCAGCCAUACCUCUCAGCAGCCCAGGAGGUGUAGGUGGUGCAAGCAGGUUCUCCAAGUACAUGACAAUAGAUGAAGAGAUGAAGGAAGUGGGAAAUGCACUUCUUACAUCGACCAACUGUACAGAUGCAACUUCUCAGGUCAACUGCCUCCGUUCUAUUCCAUCAUCCGACCUGAGCGCUAUCGGAGCUAUAGCAUCAUUUCUAGUAGUGGACGGUACUUAUCUAGUGUCAGACGAACUCGACAUAUCCAAGGGGUCAAGGUAUCCUUUUCAUCUAAUGAUUGGCACCACCCGAGAUGACGGUGCUGCCUUCAUUGGCUAUCCUAGAACCACGAACCAAUCGGCCUAUUUAGCAUCCCUGGGACUCGAGGUGCCUUCUCCGAAACUAUUUCCGGUUCCCAAUAUCGCAAAUAAAACGCUAGGUUUAUUCAAUAUGACCGCUCGACUCGCCACAGACGGUCAAUUCCGAUGUAUCGACCAAGCGACUGCCUACGGGGCUCUGUUCAAUAACCGACUGAGUUCCGCCUACUAUUACGAAUUCAACCGUACCUACCAGCUCACAAACUACCCACGGCUAGAUGUAUGUGAGCCGCCCAAAUCGACGGCUUAUCCACAUGGGGAUCCCGACGGGGAGUAUUUCAAAUGCCAUUCUGGCGAACUGUACUAUCUCUUCGGCAACCUCGCACGCGAGGGUCUGCCUAUGCGAGACGAAAACGACUUGCCUUUCCAGCAAUUCAUUGUAGAUUCGUUCAGCUCUUUUGCACGAACAUACAAUCCGAAUCCCGACCCGGCAUACCUCCGAGCAAGGGGCUAUUCCAAUACGCUUCGCGAGAUCGAGCGGAUUGGAAAAUGGAAACCUGCUACAAAGCGGCGAACGACAAAGCGCGUGCUACAAUGGCCCAGUUUCGACAGCUUGUUCACUGAGCUCGAGCAGUGUCAGGAGCUUAGAGUGCCUCUGGAUCAUUAUGAGGCUAAAUCGGUAUCGUCGAUAUUUCAUCAGGGAUCGCGUAAAUUUCGCUAUGAAACUCGGGACUCCUUGGGAAGAUAG